AUGGCCACCGGGCCCGGAGGGGCUCGCAGAAGGCCCAGGACAGGCAUCGACUGGACCCGCGUGGCCCUUUGCAGAGAGUCCAGCAGGGCUGCUGAGCUGGCCCUGCCCCUGGCCUGCAGGAGCCGCCCGGCGAGGACCUCCACAGGUCACCAAGAGGUGACCCCACCUAGGCACGGAAAUGCCCUCCCACGGCAAGUGGAGCGUGGCCGAGAGGCCGUGGGCCUGAGGUCAGACCGGAAGGGCCGGCCGGUGCCCCCCCUGGGGCCCUCCUGGCGGCCAGGCGAGUGGGACCUGCAGCUGCCCACAGAGGGCCGUGGCCUGGACAGGCCUCGGCCAGCACCCCGAGCCCCGCCCGCCGCUGCAGCAGGCUCUCCGCAGGUGGGCGUGGCGCUGCACUACUGCACCCUCUGCACGCUGCUCUGGAUCGCCGUGGCCGCCAGGGACGUCUACCAGCAGGUGGCCAGGAAGGCGCCCCCGGGCCCGGGCGCAGGCCAGCCCCCCGCCCCCCGUCAGCCCUUGCUCAGGCGUCCUGCACACCGUCCUGCUGCUGGGCCGGGCCACCGGGGGCCACCGUGUCGUGCUCUCGGGACCCCUCCAGCCGCGUCCUCGGCAGCGCCUUUGCGCCAGCUCUGGCCCCCUUGCCACUCCAGUCGUGAGCCGCGGCCAGGGCUGGCCACGCCCCGUGGUCCUCAUCUUUGUUCACUGCGCCGUGGCCGUGUGUGGUGUGAGGCCUGGGCACUCCGCUUCCCUGGCCAGCACCUGGGCCUGCUGGAGAUGGCCGGACACAGGUCAUCGGCCCCUGGCCCCCCCGUGCUCCCUGGUGGGGCUGCCCCUCUGGUCACCACGGUGGUGUGCUGACCCUGAGACUGGGGGACCCUGGGACAGUGCCCCCGGCCCACCUCCUCGGGCCAGGCCAGGCAGGGUGCCCAGGCUGGGACCCGGUGAGCAGCUGUCCACAGGACAGAUGAGCAGUUCCUCAACCACCGGGACAUGGGGCCCUCAGUGCCCCCAGUGGCCAUCCCCCACCCCCGCCAUGCUGGGGGGCCCCGAUGCUCAGGUGGCCCCUGUGUUCCCUCAGCCACAGACACUGGAGCAGGCGCUGCCCACAGCUGAGCUGGACGUGCAGUCCUGCCUGGCAGGAGUGGAGAGGCUGAGGCCAUGGACGGUGUUGGGGUGCACGGGGCCCCGUGGCCACGGACCCUGCUGGUCGCUAGCUGGAGGCACACAGACCAGGCCCCUCAGACUGGGCACAGCCACAUGGCAGGACGCUGCUGCCCAAGCUGGCGGCCCCUGGACCCGGGACUGUCCACCAGCCCUCACCUGGCAGCAGCCUCCUGCCCGCUGGGGACCACACCAUGGCCACCCUCUCAGAGCUCCCACCACCUCGGCUC